UCUCUCUCUCUGAUCCUUCAGGCUGAGUUUAUUUACUCCGCGCGGACCUGCAGCGAUGGCGCUGUGCGCGCGAUAGACACACGCGCACACACAGGCAGCAGAGAGACUAUAGGAGCGGAGGAGUGAGAGAGAGUGAGAGAGUGCGCGAGACUGUUUGUUUGGACCCUGAAGAUGAAGUUCGCUGAGCACCUCUCAGCCCACAUCACCCCGGAGUGGAGGAAGCAGUACAUCCAGUAUGAGGCGUUUAAAGAGAUGCUGUACGCAGCGCAGGACCAGGCGCCCUCCGUAGAAGUGACGGACGAGGACACGGUGAAGCGAUAUUACGCCAAAUUCGAGGAGAAGUUUUUUCAGACCUGUGAGAAGGAGCUGUCCAAAAUCAACACCUUCUACUCAGAGAAGCUAGCGGAGGCCCAGCGGCGGUUUGCCACUCUGCAGAAUGAGCUGCAGUCGUCACUGGAUGCUCAGCGGGAGAGUAACGCUCCGAGCCUGAGGAACCGCAGGAAAACGGUCUUCCCCCUGACCCAUGAGGAGCGCAACAAGCACCGAAACAUCAAAGACCUGAAACUGGCCUUCAGUGAAUUCUACCUCAGCCUCAUCCUACUGCAGAACUACCAGAAUCUGAACUUCACUGGUUUCCGGAAGAUUCUGAAGAAGCAUGAUAAGAUCCUGGAGACGUCGCGUGGGGCGGACUGGCGCGUGGCUCAUGUGGAGGUGGCUCCAUUCUACACCUGCAAGAAGAUCACACAGCUCAUCUCAGAGACUGAGACGCUGGUGACGACGGAGCUGGAGGGGGGCGAUCGGCAGCGAGCCAUGAAGAGGCUGAGGGUGCCUCCACUAGGAGCUGCGCAGCCUGCUCCUGCAUGGACGACGUUCAGAGUGGGGCUGUACUGUGGGGUCUUCAUUGUCCUGACCGUAGCCUUCGUCCUCACAGGUGCUGUUUUCUUCCAUGAUAAGAACAUCUGGCCGAUGGUGCGGAUGUAUCGCGGCAGCUUCUUGCUCAUCCAGUUCCUCUUCCUGUUGGGCAUUAACACGUACGGCUGGAGGCAGGCGGGGGUCAACCACGUCCUCAUCUUCGAGCUGAAUCCCCGCAGCAACCUGUCCCACCAACACCUGUUCGAGAUUGCAGGCUUUCUGGGAGUUCUGUGGUGUAUCAGUAUACUAUCGUGUCUGUAUGCUGACUCCACUGGGCUGCCCAUGCAGGCGAACCCACUGGUCCUGUACGGCCUCAUGCUGCUGUUCCUCAUUAACCCCUUCAAAACCGCGUACUACAAAUCACGCUUCUGGCUCCUCAAACUGCUGUUCCGCGUCUUCACGGCUCCGUUCCACCGGGUUGAGUUUGCGGAUUUCUGGCUGGCGGAUCAGUUGAACUCCCUGGUGAUCGUGCUGAUGGAUCUGGAGUAUCUGGUGUGUUUCUACAGCAUGGAGCUGCAGUGGACUGAAGUGGACGGACUGCUGCCCCACAGCACAGGUGAUGGGAAAUGUCACAGUUACUCUUACGGACUGCGCGCAAUCAUCCAGUGUUUACCUGCCUGGCUCCGAUUCGUACAGUGUCUCAGACGCUACCGAGACACCAAGAGAGCCUUUCCACACCUGGUGAAUGCUGGGAAAUAUUCCACAACCUUCUUUGUGGUGGCGUUUGCAGCCCUCUACAGCACGCACAGAGAUCAGGACGACGCUGAUGCCGAGGCCUUUUUCUACCUGCUGAUCUUGUUCUCCACCAUCAGCUCUCUGUACACACUGAUCUGGGAUCUGAAGAUGGACUGGGGUUUGUUCGACCGGAACGCAGGAGAGCACACCUUCCUCCGCGAGGAGAUCGUCUACCCACAGAAGGCGUAUUACUACUGCGCCAUUGUGGAGGACGUGAUCCUGCGCUUCGCCUGGACGCUGCAGAUCGCACUGACCACCAUGACCAACAUCCCCUCCAUCCCUGACAUACUGGCCACCGUCCUCGCUCCACUGGAGGUCUUCAGGCGAUUCGUGUGGAACUUCUUCCGCCUGGAGAACGAGCACCUGAAUAACUGUGGUGAGUUCCGGGCGGUGAGGGAUAUCUCCGUAGCGCCGCUGAACGCAGACGACCAGACGCUGCUGGAGCAGAUGAUGGACCAGGAGGACGGAGUCAGACACCGCCAGGGCAAGAAGAGCUGGAAGAGGAGCUACAGCCUGUCGCUGCGGCGGCCGCUGCUGUCCUCACAGUCUAAGAAGGACACCAAGGUGCUGAUCGAGGACACAGACGACGAAGCCUUCAGUUAAAGGAGUAGAUCCACCAGACACGCUAACGUGGCUAACGGUGAAUGGGAGGAGUGGGAGCCAGUUAGCAUGAUGACGUUAGCAUCGUGCCGAUUGUUGGCCACUCGGUUUCAUUCACUGUUAGCAGAUGGUCCACCUCCCACCCACAUCAUCACGGAGCUGCCUCAGCAUCACACACACACACACACACACACACACACACACACACACACACACACACACACACAACCACACACACACAACCAUACACACACACACAACCACACACACACACACACACACACA